AUGAGCUCUCAUUACGCCACCCGUGAGCUGUUGGAGUACCUUCGCAUCGGGUAUCCAAUUAUACUCCUUUUGGUUUUUGCAUCGGCUUUUGUUGCCAAUUCUAUCCUAGCUGCCAGAAAUGUCAACAAGAAUUCAUCUGCUGUGCGGAUGGGUCCCGGGGGAAGACCACUUCCAAAACGAUCAAGAAGCUCCGCAAUAUUUGUUAAGCCACCCCAGCCCUUUUCGCGGAAUGCCAAAUUGCUGUUCAAAUGGCUGUCCGUGGUAAUCCUAGUGACUUUGGUUGCGGAUGCCGCCAUAAACAUGGCCCAUGUCAUGGUUUCCAGGUCCGAGCAAUGGUGGUGUGGUCAGUCUGUGGUGAUCUACAUUGUAGGAUCGUUCUUCGACUAUUCAAUCAUCCUGGUCUCAUUGUUGGAUACGGAACCCUCCCCAACGUUUGCGCAAUUCAUCCCUUGGUCAAUUGCUAUCCCUAUUGAAUUGGCUAUUUUGGGCGUCUCCCUCUCGAUCCAUACCGAUGCCCAUUAUGAACCUGUUGUGGGCAACCCCAUUGGCGGUCGUUUGCGCAAGGGUAUAACUCCGUGGGAGUCAAUGGGGCUGGUUUCUAAUUGUGUCAGAAUAUUGGUCCUUGCUAUUUUGGUUACGACCUAUUUGUUUAAAACAAUGAACAUAAAGACCAAUGUGCAGAAGCCUCAGAGUCAUACCAACACAGCCACAGAAUCCACGGGAUUACUUGAUUCUUCCCACGCAGAAAAUGGAGAUGGCUAUGGGUCUGUGUCCAAAAAUGGCCAGCAGCCUCCUAAACCUGCUGAUGAUCCAUGGGUUCGGCCCACUACUGUCCCAUCCACUAGCUGGUGGGAGUAUCUAAGUGGCUACUCUCUAUUCUUCCCAUACCUUUGGCCGUCCAAAUCUCGUCGGCUACAAGGAAUUGUGGUGAUCUGCUUCGUGUUGAUUAUUUUGCAGCGCGUCGUCAACGUCCUGGUUCCUCACCAGGUUGGUGUCAUCACCAAUGCAUUGUCUAAAAAGGAUGACGAAUUCCGCGUUCCAUGGGUUGGGAUUUGUCUGUAUAUUCUCUAUCGGUGGCUGCAGGGCAGCCAGGGCCUCAUUGGAUCAUUGCGGUCCAGUCUGUGGAUUCCGGUGAGCCAGUACUCUUAUAUGGAGCUUUCGACGGCGGCUUUUGAGCAUGUACAUGGCUUGAGUCUUGAUUUCCAUCUAGGGAAGAAGACUGGUGAAGUACUCUCUGCACUGAGCAAAGGUAGCUCGAUUAAUACGUUUUUGGAGCAAGUCACGUUCCAGGUUGUGCCAAUGCUGCUGGAUCUCUGCGUUGCAAUCGGGUACAUGCUCGCUGUACUUGAUGCAUACUAUGCUUUAGUCGUCACUAUUGUUACUUUUUUGUACCUCUACGUCACUGUUCGCAUGGCUCAAUGGAGAGCGGAGAUUCGCCGACAGAUGGUGAAUGCAUCACGGCAAGAAGAUGCUGUAAAGAAUGAUUCGAUGGUCUCCUAUGAGACAGUAAAGUACUUCAAUGCGGAGGAUUACGAGUUUGACAGGUACCGGGGUGCCGUAGCUGAUUACCAAAAAGCAGAAUACCAUGUUCUGUUCUCUCUGAACCUGAUGAAUACAUCUCAGAAUACUGUGUUCAUGCUGGGUCUGCUAGUCGUAUGCUUCAUUGCCGCUUACCAGGUCUCCCUUGGAGAGCGAAAUGUCGGCCACUUUACAACGCUUCUCACGUACAUGGCACAGUUGCAAGGGCCGUUGAACUUUUUCGGCACCUUCUACCGUUCCAUCCAGUCUGCCAUGAUCAACUCGGAGCGUUUGUUAGAGCUGUUCAGAGAACAGCCCACUGUUGUUGAUAAGCCUAAUGCUGCACCUUUGCCUGUGUGCCAAGGUGACAUCAAGUUUGAGAAUGUUGGAUUCUCCUAUGAUACUCGAAAACCAGCCCUCAAUGGACUAACAUUUCACUGCGAACCCGGAACAACGACUGCUCUGGUCGGCGAAUCUGGUGGAGGGAAGUCAACGGUUUUCCGCCUACUUUUCCGCUUCUAUAAUGCUGAGAGUGGGUGUAUUCGAAUUGAUGGACACAAUGUCGAAAGAAUCACGAUUGACUCACUCCGGAAACACAUCGGCGUCGUACCGCAGGACACUGUCCUUUUCAAUGAGACUUUGAUGUACAACUUGAAAUAUGCCAACCAAGACGCGUCUGACGAGGAUGUUUACGAGGCUUGCCGGGCUGCCAGCAUCCAUGAUAAAAUUAUGUCAUUCCCUGAUGGUUACAACACCAAGGUGGGUGAGCGUGGUCUACGGCUGAGCGGAGGCGAGAAGCAACGAGUAGCUAUCGCUCGUACUAUAAUCAAGAACCCCCGCAUUAUCCUCUUGGAUGAGGCAACAGCCGCUUUAGACACAGAGACGGAAGAACACAUUCAAGGUGCGCUAUCCACACUUUCUCGUGGUCGUACUAUGCUCGUAAUAGCCCAUCGACUAAGCACUAUCACUACCGCGGAUCGCAUCUUGGUACUACACGAGGGACAAGUUAUCGAAAAUGGCACCCAUGAUCAAUUACUGGCCCUAAAAGGGCGAUAUGCAAGCAUGUGGCGAAAGCAGAUCAAAGCACAAGUGCUUCAGGAUCGAGCCCAACGCAUGCGGAGUGCAUCCACUACCAAUGCCAUGGGAGAUGACAGCUCUAGCCAGUCGGAUGAAGACCGAAAUGGCAAUGUCCAAGCCGCUACUGCUCGCCAGGCCCAGUCUCAUUCUCCCAGUACGAUCGGCGACGACAGCCGAAAAAGUUAA